AUGUCCAUGGGAGGAGAUUCUCCCGAUACUCAGAAGUCACCCCGCACGUCGCGAGCGUGCGAUAGAUGCCGUCGGCAAAAGCUCAAGUGUGAUAGUUCUCGGCCUUGUGUACUAUGCACUCGAGCUGGGCAUGAGUGCGAAACAUCGCAGCGGGCGGCGCGACGAGCUCGCAGGCGAAAUGGGAGCAGAGAUUUGCACAGGCCCUCUAGGGUGCACAAAUCAAUAGCACCGGCGAUAUCCAAAGGCUCUCCCGCCACUCCUUUAGCCUCAGUGGUAGCCGAAUCAUAUACCACAGAGAGCUCAACUUCUUACCCUGAGAAUUCUCCAAAAGAGCCACAGUCGGGCGCUAAUGCUUCCGCAAUUGAUUUCGCUAGGCGUGUAUUCAAUGAAGCGGAAGCCGGUCGAACUCUUACCGGUGCAUCAAUUCCUGGCGACACGGGGGCUCCCCAAUUAGACAACUCUUUAUGGCAUUUAACAGAGGUGGAGCUGCCCCCUGAAGAUGUGAUGCUAGCUUUGAUCGACGCUUAUUUCGACCGAAUGCAAUGGUUUGUCAUGCUCUUUCAUGAACCUUCCUUUCAACAAACGGCACGCAGAAUCCUUUCUAGAACAUCCUGGAGGCGGCAAGAUCUCAGUCCCACCAUGGCUGUCUUAGCUGUCGCCAUGAUCGGGUUACAGUGCGUGCUACCAGAUCAAAAAUGGAGCGGGCACAAACUACUCUUACACUACUCAAUCGACGGUACAAAGUUGAUACACAACCUAGUGAAUGAGAUACGACUACAUUUGCUUGAAAUAUCUAUUGACUGUCGGAUUGAGGCUGUUCAGGCCUGCUAUUUGGUAUCUUCCUAUUAUGUCUACCAUAACUCUCCGAGUAUCGCCUGGACGGUCUCCGGUAUGGCAGUGCGAUCUGCCUACGCUCUUGAUCUUUAUACAAAGUCAUCCCGGUGCGAUGAUCCUGUGAUGGAUGAGAUUCGCUCUCGAUGCUGGAAUCACGCAAUUGUCGGUGAUACGUUCACAUCCGUGAUCUAUGGGCGACCCUCCUGUAUUGAUACGGGGCUAGUCGCCUUGCAUACAUUGAAAGAUAUGGAUGACUUGAUGAUCGACCCAAUCCUGCUGAAUAAUGAUAUUAUACCAAACGAUAUGCGGCAGACAACGACAGCUGGGUUUUUCGAAGCAAAAUAUGAGAUUUACAACAUCAUCCGACAUAUUCUUUCCCGCUUUCGGCGUCUUCAAUUGAGGAAGGAGAGAAUGGAAGAGGAUCUAGCGACCAUUGCAGAAGCUUCACAAGAUUCAGAGGAACAAUUGAUCUGCUGGCGGAAAAGAGUCCCUCGACUAUUCGACUUCGAGGUUUGGAGCCAAGAGAAUCGACUUGAGCUAUUUCACCAACAAAUUGAGAAUUUACCUCCACGCGCCAAAGUCCAAGCAGAGAUCAUCAUUCUUCAGGCAGCUUGUCUUCAGCUCACAUAUGAUGGAGCUCUAAUACAAGCUUGCCGGCCUCUCUUGGAACAGAAGAUUACUAAUGUCUGUUCAGAAUAUGUGGUUAAUGCAAUGUGUCGAUCCUUAAGAACAGCCACAACAGCUGCACUGCGAAUAUCACGCAUCCCCGUUCUCCAGUUCAAGCACCACUUUGCGGAGUCCUUUGCGUCUCUACAGCAAUUUACUGCAGGAGUCAUUCUCUGCAUCUCACCAACCAGCCAACCUUUCUCUGCCAUAGCACAUGAAGCCAAGGCCGGAGUAAUGCGCAUCAUUCAUGCAAGCACGGCGUUUGGUGCAAACAACCGCAUAGCCAAGCAAACUGCGCAGUUGCUUACAGAUCUACUCAAGGUGACCAUCGAGCGGGAGAUGUCUAGUGCUUUGAGGGGAGGACCAAAUUAUUCAAGAGAUGUACCUGAUAGCAGUGUGAAUUCGACUGCACAACAAAUGCCGCUCAAUCUUCUCGAACCUCAAUCACCCUCUUGUCAUAACAUGCCCUCCAGUCUUCUCCCAGCAUCAAUAACUGGAGAACCACGACGUUCAAAUCACUUCCCAGGAAUCUCCGAGCAAAUCCACCGGUCUGGUGCGGCAAUCCAACCAUCUUUCGAAGCCUCGGAAUGUCCCUCGGCAAACAUCUUCGAACAACUUGACGACACUUUUGGCGCCUUUGGAGAGCUUAUGUUCAACCUGAUACCGGAUGACCAGAGCAGUGCUUGGAAUUGGGGACGAACAUUUCCCUGA